AUGUCGGUCAGCGAGCUCUACGGCCAGGUGAGUACGGGCCGCGCGCUGCGGUCCCGCCGGCCCAGCACCUCGGCUCUGCCCGUGAUCGGGGCUGUCGACCCCUCCUCGAGGCCCUGCCGUCGCUUUCCUCGCGCGGUUCUCCCGCUGACUUUCCCGGUCCGUGGGGGCGUCCUCGCCAGCGCGGAGCCUGGGGCGCGGGGACUGCUCCGCUGCCGCCCCCUCACCUUGCCGGUGGACCCCGCUCUAGCUGCCCUGCAGCGCCAGCUCUACACGAGGGUCUGGAUCCCUGACCCUGAUGAAGUGUGGCGCUCAGCUGAGUUAACCAAGGACUACAAGGAGGGAGACACGAGCCUCCAGCUCAGACUGGAAGAUGAAACGAUUCGGGAAUACCCUAUUGAUGUCCAAAGCAACCAGCUGCCCUUUUUGCGGAAUCCAGACAUCUUGGUGGGAGAAAAUGACCUAACUGCCCUUAGCUAUCUACAUGAGCCUGCAGUUUUGCAUAAUUUAAAGGUCCGUUUCCUGGAGUCGAACCACAUCUACACUUACUGUGGUAUCGUGCUUGUUGCCAUUAAUCCUUAUGAACAGUUGCCAAUCUAUGGUCAAGAUGUCAUCUAUGCCUACAGUGGCCAAAACAUGGGGGACAUGGACCCCCACAUCUUUGCUGUGGCAGAAGAAGCCUACAAGCAGAUGGCCAGAGAUGAGAAGAACCAGUCCAUCAUAGUCAGCGGGGAGUCUGGAGCCGGCAAGACUGUGUCAGCCAAGUACGCCAUGCGCUAUUUUGCCACGGUUGGUGGCUCAGCCAGUGACACCAACAUUGAAGAGAAGGUCCUGGCAUCCAGUCCCAUCAUGGAGGCCAUUGGAAAUGCUAAAACCACUCGCAAUGACAACAGCAGCCGUUUUGGGAAGUACAUUCAGAUUGGCUUUGAUAAAAGGUACCACAUCAUUGGGGCCAACAUGAGGACCUACCUGUUGGAGAAGUCCAGAGUGGUCUUUCAGGCAGAUGACGAGCGGAAUUACCACAUCUUUUACCAGCUCUGUGCUGCCGCCAGUCUCCCGGAAUUUAAGGAGCUUGCACUGACAUGCGCGGAGGACUUCUUCUAUACCUCACAGGGAAGAGACACGUGUAUCGAGGGUGUCGAUGAUGCCGAGGACUUUGAGAAGACGCGGCAAGCCUUCACACUUCUCGGAGUGAGAGAGUCCCAUCAGAUAAGCAUUUUUAAGAUAAUUGCUUCUAUCCUGCACCUUGGAAAUGUGGAGAUUCAGGCUGAGCGUGAUGGUGAUUCCUGUAGUAUAUCACCUCAGGAUGAACACUUGAACAGCUUCUGCCGACUGCUAGGGGUGGAGCACAGUCAGAUGGAGCACUGGCUAUGCCAUCGAAAGCUGGUCACCACCUCAGAGACCUACGUCAAGACUAUGUCCCUGCAGCAGGUGGUCAAUGCCCGCAACGCCCUAGCCAAGCACAUCUAUGCCCAGCUGUUCGGCUGGAUUGUGGAGCACAUCAACAAGGCCCUGCACACGCCUCUCAAGCAACACUCCUUCAUUGGCGUCCUGGACAUCUAUGGGUUUGAGACAUUUGAGGUGAACAGCUUUGAGCAGUUCUGUAUCAACUAUGCGAAUGAGAAGCUACAGCAGCAGUUCAACUCGCACGUGUUCAAACUAGAGCAAGAAGAAUAUAUGAAGGAGCAGAUACCUUGGACCUUGAUUGAUUUUUACGAUAACCAACCUUGUAUUGACCUCAUAGAAGCUAAACUGGGCAUCUUGGACCUGUUGGAUGAAGAGUGUAAGGUCCCUAAAGGAACUGACCAGAACUGGGCACAGAAGCUCUAUGACCGGCACUCUGGCAGCCAGCACUUCCAGAAACCCCGCAUGUCCAACACGGCCUUCAUUGUGGUCCACUUUGCUGAUAAGGUGGAGUACCUUUCAGAUGGUUUUCUGGAGAAAAACAGAGACACAGUGUAUGAAGAGCAGAUCAACAUCCUGAAGGCCAGCAAGUUCCCACUAGUGGCUGAUUUGUUUCAUGAUGACAAAGACUCUGUUCCUGCCACCACUGCACCUGGGAAGGGCUCAUCCUCAAAGAUCAACAUUCGCUCUGCCAGACCCCCUCUGAAAGUCUCCAACAAGGAACACAAGAAAACCGUGGGCCACCAGUUCCGUACCUCCCUGCAUCUGCUCAUGGAGACCCUGAAUGCCACGACCCCACACUACGUGCGCUGCAUCAAGCCAAAUGACGAGAAGCUCCCGUUCCACUUUGACCCAAAGAGAGCAGUGCAGCAGCUCAGAGCGUGUGGGGUGUUGGAGACCAUCCGAAUCAGUGCAGCCGGCUACCCAUCCAGGUGGGCCUACCACGACUUCUUCAACCGGUAUCGGGUGCUGGUCAAGAAGAGAGAGCUCGCCAACACAGACAAAAAGGCCAUCUGCAGAUCUGUCCUGGAAAGCCUCAUCAAGGAUCCCGACAAGUUCCAGUUUGGCCGCACCAAGAUCUUUUUCCGGGCAGGCCAGGUGGCUUACCUGGAGAAGCUUCGGGCUGACAAGUUCCGGGCAGCCACGAUCAUGAUCCAGAAAACCGUCCGGGGCUGGCUGCAGAAGGUGAAAUACCGCAGGCUGAAGGCCACUACCUUAACUCUGCAGCGGUAUUGCCGAGGGCUCCUGGCCCGCAGGCUGGCCGAGCAUCUGCGGAGGACGCGAGCAGCCAUCAUGCUCCAGAAGCAGUACCGCAUGCGGAGGGCCCGCCUGGCCUACCAGAGGGUCCACAGGGCCACCGUCACCAUCCAGGCCUUCACUCGGGGCAUGUUCGUGCGGAGAAUCUACCAGCAGGUCCUCAUGGAGCACAAGGCCACCAUCCUCCAGAAGCACGUGCGGGGCUGGGUGGCACGUAGGCGCUUUCAGCGGCUGCGGGGCGCGGCCAUCGUCAUCCAGUGUGCCUUCCGCAUGCUUAAGGCCAAGCAGGAGCUGAAGGCCCUCAAGAUCGAGGCCCGCUCAGCAGAGCACCUGAAACGUCUCAACGUGGGCAUGGAGAACAAAGUGGUCCAGCUGCAGCGGAAGAUUGAUGACCAGAACAAAGAGUUCAAGACUCUGUCGGAGCAGUUGUCGGCAGUCACCUCCACACACACCAUGGAGGUAGAGAAGUUGAAGAAGGAGCUGGCCCGCUACCAGCAGAGCCAAGGUGAGGACGGCAGCCUGAAGCUGCAGGAGGAGGUGGAGAGCCUGCGGGCGGAGCUGCAGAGGGCCCACUCAGAGCGCAAGAUCCUGGAGGACGCCCACACCAAGGAGAAGGACGAGCUGAGAAAGCGCGUUGUAGACCUGGAGGAAGAAAAUGCUCUCUUAAAAGAUGAGAAAGAACAGCUUAACAACCAAAUCCUGUGCCAAGCGAAAGAUGAAUCCGCCCAAAACUCUGCCAAGGAAAAUCUGAUGAAGAGGGAGCUGGAGGAGGAGCGCUCCCGGUACCAGAACCUCGUGAAGGAAUAUUCACGGUUGGAGCAGAGAUACGACAACCUUCGGGAUGAGAUGACCAUCAUCAAGCAAACUCCAGGGCACAGGCGGAACCCAUCAAACCAGAGCAGUUUAGAAUCUGACUCUAAUUACCCCUCCAUCUCCACAUCUGAGGUCGGAGACACAGAGGAUGCCCUCCAACAGGUGGAGGACAUCGGCCUGGAAAAGGCAGCCAUGGACAUGACCGUCUUCCUGAAACUGCAGAAGAGAGUGCGCGAGCUGGAGCAGGAGAGGAAGAAACUUCAGGUGCAGCUGGAGAAGAGGGAGCAGCAGGACAGCCGGAAGGUCCAGGUGGAACAAGCAAAGAAUGACCUGGAUUUGGACCAGGAUGCAGAUCUAGCCUACAACAGUCUGAAGAGGCAAGAGCUAGAGUCGGAGAACAAGAAGCUGAAGAACGACCUGAACGAGCUGAGGAAAGCUGUGGCUGACCAAGCCACACAGAACAACUCCAGCCACAGCUCCCCCGACAGCUACAGCCUGCUGCUGAACCAGCUCAAGCUGGCCAACGAGGAGCUUGAGGUUCGCAAGGAGGAGGUGCUCAUCCUGAGGACGCAGAUUGUCAGCGCCGACCAGCGCCGACUCGCCGGCAAGAGCACGGAGCCGAACAUUAAUGCCAGAACAAGUUGGCCUAACAGUGAGAAGCAUGUAGAUCAGGAAGAUGCCAUUGAGGCCUAUCAUGGGGUCUGCCAGACAAACAGCAAGACUGAGGAUUGGGGAUAUUUGAAUGAAGAUGGAGAGCUCGGCUUGGCCUACCAAGGCCUAAAGCAAGUUGCCAGGUUGCUGGAGGCCCAGCUGCAGGCCCAGAGCCGCGAGCAUGAGGAGGAGGUGGAGGGGCUCCGGGCCCAGGUGGAAGCCCUGAAGGAGGAACUGGACAAGCAGCAGCAGACCUUCUGCCAGACGCUGCUGCUCUCCCCAGAGGCCCAGGUGGAAUUUGGCGUCCAGCAGGAGAUAUCCCGGCUCACCAAUGAGAACCUGGACCUUAAAGAACUGGUAGAAAAGCUGGAAAAGAAUGAGAGGAAGCUCAAGAAGCAGCUGAAGAUUUACAUGAAGAAAGUCCAGGACCUAGAAGCUGCCCAGGCACUGGCCCAGAGUGAGAGGAGACGCCAUGAACUCAACAGGCAGGUCACUGUGCAGCGGAAGGAGAAGGACUUCCAGGGCAUGCUGGAGUACCACAAGGAAGAUGAGGCCCUUCUCAUUCGGAACCUGGUGACAGACCUGAAGCCGCAGGCGCUGGCGGGCACGGUGCCCUGUCUUCCUGCCUACAUUCUCUACAUGUGCAUCAGGCACGCAGAUUACGUCAACGACGACCUCAAGGUGCACUCCUUGCUGACCUCCACCAUCAACGGCAUUAAGAAAGUCCUGAAGAAGCACAAUGAUGACUUCGAGAUGACAUCAUUCUGGUUAUCCAAUACCUGCCGUCUCCUUCAUUGUUUGAAGCAGUAUAGCGGGGAUGAGGGCUUCAUGACUCAGAAUACUGCCAAGCAGAAUGAGCACUGUCUUAAGAACUUUGACCUCACUGAAUACCGCCAGGUGCUGAGUGACCUUUCCAUUCAAAUCUACCAGCAACUCAUUAAAAUCGCCGAGGGUGUGUUGCAGCCUAUGAUAGUUUCUGCCAUGUUGGAAAAUGAGAGCAUUCAGGGUCUGUCUGGUGUGAAGCCAACAGGCUACCGCAAGCGCUCCUCCAGCAUGGUGGACGGGGACAACUCCUACUGCCUGGAAGCCGUCAUCCGCCAGAUGAAUUCCUUUCACACAGUCAUGUGUGACCAGGGCCUGGACCCGGAGAUCAUCCUGCAGGUGUUCAAGCAGCUCUUCUACAUGAUCAACGCUGUGACUCUCAACAACCUGCUCCUGCGGAAGGACGUCUGCUCUUGGAGCACAGGCAUGCAGCUCAGGUACAAUAUAAGUCAACUUGAAGAGUGGCUUCGGGGAAGAAACCUUCACCAGAGCGGAGCAGUCCAGACCAUGGAACCUCUGAUCCAAGCAGCCCAGCUCCUACAGUUAAAGAAGAAAACCCCUGAGGACGCAGAGGCCAUCUGCUCGCUGUGCACCUCCCUCAGCACCCAGCAGAUUGUCAAAAUUUUAAACCUUUAUACUCCCCUGAAUGAAUUUGAAGAACGGGUAACUGUGGCCUUUAUACGAACAAUCCAGGCACAACUACAAGAGCGGAAUGACCCUCAGCAACUGCUGUUAGACUUCAAGCACAUGUUUCCAGUGUUGUUUCCAUUUAACCCAUCCUCUCUGACCAUGGACUCCAUCCACAUCCCAGCAUAUCUCAAUCUGGAGUUCCUCAAUGAGGUCUGA